AUGUCUGUAAAUAUUGAAGAUCCUGGUAGAACGCAUCAUGUUUUUAAACAUGGCAAUUAUCCCAUCUAUAAGCGGAUUACUAGUUCUAACCUGGAGGAAGCUGAGAGUACUCAAACGAUGGAUUGUCCAUUUUGCAAUCAACAAAUUCAAACAGUGAUCCGAUAUGAGGCUGGUGAAGGAACUUGUACCACAGCGGCCCUCUGUUGCUGCUUUCUAUUUUUAACAAGUAUCGGGCCAUAUAUAAGAGGAAUAAUUGGCUUACUGAUCGUGUUCUGUUGCAAUAGCUUUCAAGAUAUUAAACAUUACUGUCCAGAAUGCCAAAAAUUAAUUAAAGCAUACGAACGUGGUUAA